AUGAAUGGGUACUUGAACGAAUCCAACUUCAUGAUGGUGGAGGAGGGCUUCACCACCAGAGACCUCGUGGAGAACCUCCUCGUGGAGCUGUGCCAGGCGGUAAGGAACGACCAGCAAGCCUUCUUCCUGGCAGACCUUGGGGACAUUGUGAAAAAACACCUGCGUUUCCUGAAGGCCUUGCCCCGUGUGAAACCCUACUUCCCGGUUAAGUGCAACGGCAGUGAAGGAGUGAUACGGCUGCUGGCUGAGCUGGGGGCAGGCUUUGCCUGCACCAACAAGGCAGAGAUUGCACGUGUUCAAAGCAUCGGAAUCCCGGCUGACAAGAUCUUCUACAGCAGCCCCUGCAAGCAGGUUGCCCACAUCAAAUAUGCAGCCAGCCACGGCGUGCAGCUGAUGACCUUCGACAACGAGGUGGAGCUGAGCAAGGUGGCCAGGAGCCACCCUCAUGCCAGGAUGUUGUUGGGUAUUGCUGCUGACUCCAGCCCCUCUGCCCAUCCGAGCAUGACGUUUGGGACCACGCUCAAGUCCUGCCGGCACCUGCUAGAGACUGCGAAGGAGCAGGCUGUGGAGGUUGUUGGCAUCAGCUUUCACCUUGGCAGCCACGGUCUGGAGCCGCAGGCCUUCGCUCAGUCUGUGGCUGCGGCGCAGCUGGCCUUCGAGAUGGGCACAGAGCUGGGCUACCGGAUGCACCUUCUGGACAUCGGAGGAGGAUUCCCCGGCACCGAGGACACCAGAGCCCGGUUCGAAGAGAUCGCUGCCGUGAUAAACUCUGCCUUGGACUUGUAUUUCCCAGACGGCUGCGGGGUGGAGAUCAUUGCGAGACCUGGGCGAUACUACGUCACCUCCGCCUUCACCUUGGCUGCCAGCAUCACUGCCAUGGAGGAGGUUCCCGCGGAGCAGCCUGGCUCUGACGGUAGGUGGGACGGUGGGACGGUGGGACAGUGGGACGGGCCCCCCUUGUGCCCGAGCCCCCCUGAGCCCUCUCCCUGCUCCCCUCCAGAGGAAGAGUCUGGCAGCAAGAAGAGCCUCGUGUAUCACCUCAGCGAUGGCAUCUACGGCGCCUUCAGCUGCCUCCUGUUUGACAGCCCCUGCCCCAAACCUCAGCUGCACAAGAGACGCUGCCCAGACCACCCCUCGCACAGCAGCAGCCUCCAGGGCCCCCCGGGACGGGCAGAGGACCGCAUUGCCGACAGCCUGGAGCUGCCCGAGCUGCGGGUCGGGGACUGGCUGAUUUUCGAGGACAUGGGUGCCUACACCAUCACAACCUCAUUCCCGCUUGGGGGGUGUCCCCAGCCACAGAUCACCUACGCCAUGUCCCGCGUGGCCUGGAAAGCCAUCCAGCUCUUCCAGGGAAAGCCACUGCAAACAGAAGACGACCGCGAGAGCGUCUGCGCCCCGCUGUCCUGCGGCUGGGAGAUGGCAGAGACGCUCUGCGUCACCCCAGUCUUCGCUCCGGCCGGCAUCAUCUGA